UGCAGCGGCGAGAGCGCAGAAGGAGGCGGAUUCGCACCUCAAAGCUCUGAUGGCAUGGCCAGAGAAUCAGAAAUGUGCUGACUGUGGAGCCUCCAAGCCUCGGUUUGCAUCCAUCACGCUGGCUGUCUUUCUGUGCAAUCGCUGCUACGGGAUCCAUCGCGGCGUCGGUGCUCACAUCACGCGCACCAAAUGUGUGGGGUUGGAUCGAUGGACCCCCGAGGAAGUGCAUCGCAUGAAAUGCAUUGGGAAUGCGGUCGCAGCGGCAUAUUGGGAGCAGAGACUGCCUCAAGGAAUCCAGCGGCCAUCGCCGGAAUCGCCGGACUCGGAGGUGGAGAGAUGGAUCAGAGACAAGUACGAGAAGAGGCUCUUCUGCCCUCCGGAUUUGCCUCCUCCGGAAGCUCCAAAGUUUGCGAUCGAGGAAACGGGAGCGUCAGUACGUUCUUCAACUUUUCAAGCCGACUGGAAACCAUUUGGAUAGAUGGAUACGUUUGGAAUCCAAGUGCCUGGAACUUCUGUUACUUGAUAGCGAUUUCUGGCUUGCGUGCCGCAGCCGGAAUAGUUAGAUCCAAGAGAUCCAAGGGAGUUCUGGUCUUCUACAACUCCACAAACUAAGUACACAAGCUUUUUUUUACCUUCUGGCAAGCUGGCGGGGCAUGUUUUCUUAACUUGUCCCUUAGAUGUCACUUUUCACCAAAAGAGUUUUGGCAAGAUCCGCACCGGGAUAGCGAUUGAUCGCUCCCGCUAACUAUCCAAUUUCUGUUCAUGA